GAAGAACAGCGAGUAGGUAAAAAACCCCAGUCGCCAAAACUCUAUGAAAAUCGUGAAAAAUUGCCAAACGGUUUGAGAGGAUAUUAUGUACAUAGACUUCUUGUAAAUGCUGUUGCAAUGUGGGCUUCACCUCGUUACGCUUGUUAUAUUUUCAUGAUGUUAGAUGAAAUUCAUAGACAAGAACGUGAAGAGCUAGAGAACAAGCUUGAAGCAAAAGACAAAAGCAUUCAGAAAAGAAUACCACGUUCGGUACCAAAAGGAAAGGAAAAGAACUAUAAGUAUAUGAUUUAUACUGAAGAGAUGGAAAAUGAAGAAGACAGAGAUAUGGUUAUGUUGCAUUUAGUCAGAAGAAACAACAAAAGCUUUUACGACCUUGCUAAGAUUUACAAAUCUGACAGAAAUUGGUUCUAUCGCGAAAACUUACCGAUUUCAAUGACACCGAAUGAAGAUGUGAAACAAAUAGUUCAAGAUACGUUACCUCAAACACACUAUGAUAUUAAAGGUUGUACAAUACUUACCUUCAAAGAAGAUUUGCCAUUGUUAAAGGAAAAAAUAACAGAGUAUUUUGACAACUUCAAACAAGUAGGGUAG